GAGCUUACGAUAACGAGGAGGCCGCUGCCCGAACAUAUGACCUUGCUGCCCUUAAGUACUGGGGACCCGGAACCACUCUCAAUUUCCCGGUAGAGUCGUACACGAAUGAAAUGGAAGAGAUGCGGAAAGUAACGAAGGAGGAAUAUUUGGCGUCGUUACGGCGGCGGAGCAGUGGUUUCUCGAGAGGUGUUUCUAAGUAUCGUGGAGUCGCGCGCCACCACCACAACGGUCGGUGGGAGGCUCGGAUUGGCCGUGUUUUCGGAAGCAAAUAUCUAUAUUUGGGAACUUACAACACACAAGAAGAAGCAGCAGCAGCAUAUGACAUGGCAGCAAUUGAAUACAGAGGAGCCAAUGCAGUGACCAACUUUGACAUUAGCAAUUACAUUGGAAGAUUAGAGAAUAAAUCAUCACUUCUUGAAGAAGCAACACAACAAACAGAUGACCCUAAUUACUCCCCUGUUUCUUCCGAAGGAGAAGUAGUACAACAACAACAACAGGAUCAACAGCAGCAACAACAACAACAAACGACAUUAUUCUCGGGCCCUCCCGACCUCCAGUUCUCAAUCGAGAGCAACCCGGCAAUGGUCGUCAUGGACGAACCACCAACACAAGAUGACCACGAUCUGCACUGGUCAUUUUUAGACACGGGAUUAUUCGUACAGGUCCCCGACCUCCCGCUCGAGAAAUCAAGCGAAUUGGCCGAUCUGUACUUCGACGAGAUCGGGUUUGAGGACGACAUUGGAAUGAUGUUCGAAGCAAGCUUAGAGAACAAUAACUGUGAGGCGAAUAAUAAUAGUAGUAAUAGUAACAAUAAUAAUAAUAAUAAUGUUGGGAAGAUGGAGGUGAACGAGAAAAUCAGAUUGUUCUCAACAACUACUUCACCAUCUUCUUCAUCAAUAACCACCUCGGUUUCGUGUGAAUUUAGGGUUUGAAAAUUUUAGAUUUUGAGGGUUUGUUGUUUGUUUGUUUGUUGAAGAGUGGAUGAGAAAUGGGGAAAAAAUCUCAAAUUUCUAGAAUAAUAUAUGUUUAGGGUUUUUUUUUUUUUUUUUCAAUUUAAAUAACUUAGGGUUGGUUCAUGGGAGAGAGUGAAGGAAAAGGACAAAAAAAUGAAAAAAAGAAAAAUGGAGAUUUGCUUAGGUGUUUUUGCUUUUAAUUUGUUAAUUUAAAAUUUCAGUUAGAGAGA